UUCUAUUUACAGUUACGUAGACAAGUGUGGCAGAGAGACCGGCUGGAGCAAGAGGCUGCCGCCGCUCUGUCCUCUCAAACCUCUGAUCCCUCUUCCUGGAGAGGCACAGGUGCUUCCGCAAGACGCAUAAUGGCUUACUGGCCAUCUUCCGAAAACUUUAUAGGAGAGAGAAUGUGACAUGACGUCACAAUAGCCUCGUGUAGUCUACCCUGCAAAGAGAGAACGAGAAGUGAAUUAUUUGUGAUGUAAAAGAAAAUCAAGAAUGACUCGACAUCAAAUAUUCUUGGCAUUCCUAUAUUUCUUCGUCGUUCUUAUCGUCUUACCAAUUUUGUGUAGCGAGAAGGUGUACUCUGUGUACUACCAGGAAAAUGUUGAAACAAACAGUUACAUUGACUCUAUAAAUAAUGAACAUCGCAUAGAAGGGGUUCAAGAAUACUUGCUAAGAACAGACCCCAAAGCCUCGUUAACAUUCUACGAGUCAAAGUUGUCUGGGUCUGUGGAUAAUCUCGUUAUUGUGAUCGCCAAAAAACCUGCGCACGAAGAAAACCUAACAUUAACGCAGCUCGUUGCAGAAAUUGAUAGGAAUAUCAGAAACCAAAAAUUCUUUCGUAACGCUAUGUUGAUCUGCAAUGCCACCAGGAUACCUUUCCCAGAGCUGGAGUAUUUAGCGCGGUUUUAUCCUGUUAGAUUAGUCGAGAAUACCACAAGUUGGAAACUGCUGAACAGUGAGGAGGUGAAAAAGCAUGAUUUUGUCGAGUGUGCGAGACUAGGCUUGAAUUCGGUGAAUUUUAAACAUGUUACUCUGAUUAGAGACGUUGUAAUUCCUUACCCCGGGUUCUUGGGUGUCGUUAAUCACAUGAUCAGCAAUAGACUCAACAGUGGCAUAGUUCGUGGGGAGCUGCAGGAGACGAACACCUCCUGGCUCUUCAUGCACCUCCAUGAACCUUCACCACUCCGCCACUACCAGUUCUCCGGUGAUUCUCUACGUGAAAUUUUGCUGUUGACAUGCAGUGGAGCGUUGCUGUUCUAUGUAGUGUUCAGGUGGCUGGAAGGCCCCCUACAAUCCUCAUCGUCGCGUGUAACUUACACAAUAUAUGGUGGCCUGUACUUCAUCACUUUCGCACUGUUUAUCGGGCGACCGUACAUCAGCGAACUGCGACGGGUGGCCGCCGACAUGUACCGCGUGUACGACCCGCCGGAGCCGAUCAAUUUCUCAGCCAUGGCUCUGCCCAAGAGCAGCCUUCAUGGCCUCCUCGCCCAGUUGAGCUUACUUCGCUGUUCAUUAUACUCGCCAUUUCACGAAGUUCUGGAUCACAUGGUGAACACACUCGAGCUCCCCGGGUACGUAAUAUCCCCCAGCCUGGUCAGGUACGCUGCUAGGGCGUGACCCAAGAUAUUCCAUCUCCUGCUAGUUCCUAUGAAAUAUAUUUAUACCGAGUGUCAAAGUUUUUUUUUAGAUAUUUUAUUAUAAUUUUUUUAAGGUAAAUUGUAUUCAUUAUACUUUUAUUGUGUUGCGUCCUAGUCAUCCCAGUGUCAACAGUUCUUGUUUUAGUGGCAUAAAAUUAUAACUGGCUUGAGAAAAAAAUAUUUAAGUGGAAAUAUAUAUUUAUCAAGAUUAUUGUUUAACAACAAAAAAUGGUUGUCGGUAUUGAGAUCAAAUAGAUUAUCUUAAGAUAAUAGUAAAAGGUAUGACAGAGCAACUGUUAUGUUCAUUAGUGCAAGAGUUUUUUUUUACCACUAAUUUAACAGGAAUUGGCACCUAUAUGGAAUUUAAUUUAAAUAUUGUAUAGAAUGUACACAGAUUUUGAGUUUAAUGAGGAUCUUUGUAUGUCUAAUGAUCUUUGUAUGUCUGGAAAGUUGUUUAAAAAACCACCAACUACAUGUGCCCAAACGUCUUGCGUUGAAUGGUAAUUAGGUCAUGUUGAGAGCAUAAUGUGUAGAGCCACUGCAGUACCAACAUUCAGAACAUCUGGCUACAUAUCUCCAAAAAUUUGAAGAAUACUUGUGUUUGAAAUUGCAUGAGGUUUGUAGACUAUAAAAACGCAAAUAGGGUCGCAUAAAUAUUAGGUCCUAUAAUUAACCUUUUGUCAGAUAUCAGGAUAAGAAAAGUGAUAACCACAGAGACCUUAAAGAUGUUGAAACUUUCUAAAGGGGAAUGUAAAAAAAAAUAUAUAUAUAUUAUAUAUUUUGCUAGGGUUAAUUAGGCCAGACACCAAUGCUUGGGGGAAACCUCAGAACCUAAAUCCUUAUUGUUAAUGUCAGUUAAGAUACAUUAUAGCUUUCAAAUUGUUCUUCAGAGACUAAUAUAUUUAUAACUUUAGCAUGUGAAAGUACACCAAAUAUUAUAAUAAAAUCGAAGCUCAAGAUGUGAUGUAAUAAUCUGAUAUAUUUGAUAGAAUAUUUAUAUAUUUUUUGAAUAUUUAUAAUACUUCAAUAAAUUAUAUAUUAUUUCAA